UCAGUCCCCCAGUUGCCCACACUGAAUUACUGAGCAUUUCCUCAUUUGCAGUAAGUUUAGUGUCACAGGUCUGUACAGUAGCAUCAGGCUGGAUACUGAAUCACUGCUGGACAUGAAGCACUUUAUCCAUCAGUAAACCAUCACUAAAGGCAAACAUGGGGGAGACCGUCGACGUCAAGGCUCUGAGGGCCCGGUUCAACAACAACGCCAGCACCUCAGACACCAGCAGCCGAGACAGUGGCUCCCCAAAAUCUCCACGACCUGGAUUUGGAAAACUGAUCCUGCCACUGACUGAUAACGAUCUGGCGCACCACAGACUGUCUCCUAUGGUUCCCCCUCCUCCGAUGGCCAACCAAGGCCUGGUGAGGUUUCCAAGGGCGGAACCGAUGGCAGCCCCCAUCCCCUCCAGACCUUCCUUCCCUCGACCACCUCCCAAUCCAGGAGUCAGAGCAUCGACCCAGCCUGGAGACCCCGGAAAGGUCAAGCAAAAGGGGGAGAUGCUACAGAACAUGAUGCUGAGGCACCAGAGGCCUCCAGCCCCCAAUUUCACCCCGGGUCCAGCGGCCUCUGCACCAGCUCCCACCUCCACCCCUCUACCGCUCCGACAGCAGCCUCGACAGAGAAGCGCAGGGGACGUGACCCCACUGAGGAGGCCUCUACCUCCCGAAGGACCCCAACCUUUGAAACCAAAACGGCCUCCCAACGUCAACCUGGAGCCUUUUCUGAGGUCCAACCGAGGACCUGCCCUUCCUGGUCCGAGAAAGAAUGACGGAGGUUCCCCGGGCUCAGCAGGCAGAAAGAUGCCUUUACCUGCAGUCGUCAGUCCUCCAAAGCCGCCACAACGAUUCACCAAACCCAGCAGGCUGCCGCACCAAAUUGCUUCCAUGGACAUUGAGGAUAAUGAGGACUUCUAUGAUGACAUUGAUAGGAACGAGUCCUGUAGCGACAACAGUUCACACUGUAUGGACGGGGAAGAUGAUGAAGUGUAUGAGUUUAUUGACGAGGACCAGGUGGAGCAAAAUCAAUUACAUGCUGGGAAGCAAAACAAAAAAGAUGCAAAGAGGCAGCGGGAGCAAGAGAAGAAAGAGCAGAUGGAGCGUCAGAAAAAAGAAAAUGAGUUGAGGAAGAAAUUUCAGUUGCAAGGGGAGGUGGAGGUUAUUCAUACAGCCAAAGUCCGGCAUGACUGGUAUGGAGGAGGAAAACUGGACCUCAGCGUACGACAAGGAGAGAGUGUGGAGAUCCUCAGAGUGAAGAAUAACCCCGGAGGCAAAUGGUUGGCUCGCUCUCUGAAUGGAAACUAUGGAUACAUCAGUAACACAUGUGUGGAUGUUGACUAUGAAGCAGUGAAGCGCAAAGUGCUCCAGUCCAGAAAAAUAGACACAUCAACAUUGCCUCCACCACCUCCAGACCCCCCAAUGAUGUUGAAUAUGGAGUUGAAUAGUAGCAACAGCAUGCUUCAAGAUGAUGAUGACUAUGAUGAUGUUCAACCAAUGACAGAGGAUUUCCCCCCACCACCGCUUGAAAUCAGCAUUGAUCCCAAAGUGGAGAAGGAGCUGAAAAAAAAAUUUAAGUAUGACGGACCUCUCAGGGUGCUGCACACCAUGAUGGUGGAUCCUAAUAGCGUUAUAAAGAGGCCAGGAGGGAAAGAUCUGCCUGUGGUUCAAGGAGAAGUCGUGGACAUCAUCCAGCUCACCAGUAGCAAGAAAGCUCUGUGUCGCAACCGGUUUGGUAAAUAUGGUUAUGUGUCCAGAUCUCUUCUUCUUCCAAUGGAAGGAGACAUUUACGACGACGUUGACUAUGCAGGCGACGUCUAUGACAACGACUCUCACUGAUUAUUAAAACAUGUCAAACUAAACACACACUCACACAGAAGAAUAUAGACAGACUAAAUGAACAAACUAUAUAACACCAUUAUUAACAAACUAUAUAAAAGUUACAAACUAAAACUUAGGCUACAUCCACACUAUAACCUUUUCAUUUUAAAACACACAACUAUUUCUAUGUUCAUGCCUAGUGUCCACACUGCUCCGGCAUUUUGGAACUGCUAAAACAGAGACCUUUGAAAACGCUGCUGACCCCACUUUAGUUUGAAAACUCCAGGGAUGGGUUUUAUUCGAGGUGGACAGAAGAGGAUACCUUUGACAAAUGAUAAGGACGCAGAUAUCAACAUUUGUUUCCUGAUUGGCUCUUAGUCACAACAAGCCAGAAAAAUUAUAGCAAGAUCAACAUACCUUAUGUGGUUUCAACUUUCUUGUGUGGGUUCCCCUUUUCCAUCAUCAAGGCUUCCUCAAGCGAUGGACAGUGGUCCCGGUGCCACUCUAACAUGUCACCAUAAUUGCUUUGCAGAGACUUCCAAUAUAUCCAUCUUACUUGUGUUACUUUCAAUAACAGAUUCACCUCUUUGUCAGGUCAAGUAAAGAAAUCCCAGGUCUUACUUUUCGCCAUCUCUGCAGUGUUUUGUGGAACUAACUACUCCUUCCUGUUUACCUCUGCACUUACAGUACAUGCCUAGUGUACGUGAAUGUUCAUGUGAUAUGUGGGAUUAUUUCUGGAACAGUGCUAAAACGCUUGUGUGUACAGAGACCAUUUUCAUUUUAAAAUGCUGUUCUAAAAUUUAAAUGUAUUAGUGUGGAUGUGGCCUCAAACUAUGUGAAAGAGGAUUCAAACACAGCCCGAGCUCUUGGGGUCACAAACACACAAACUAUAUGACUAUCUAACUAUAAAAACUAUAUAAAACUAAAACUGUGUACUAUAUAACUAAAACUAUACAAAACUAUAUAAAACUGAGGGACAAAAACAGAUAAUAGAGUGAACACACACAAACACACACACACACAUACACACACAUACACACACACACUGUGCUGAGAAUAACAAACUUAUCAUCAUUGCAUUGUUUGUCAAACUGCUUGUAUAGAAAGUGAAUACACUAUUACUGUAGCUUUGUGUAUUGCUUCAUGUCUGGGAUAAUUUAAAAUAAAUGAUUUUUUUUUACUG